AUGGAAUCCAGGCCCCUUACAGGAGUCAAACGAAAGCAUGACCAUAGUCAGGAGGACAAUGACGGCGACGAAGAGCCAAGCGCAAGCCUUCUUCCAAAUGGACACGACAUCCAGUCCACGCCGCGAGCGUCCCAGCUCAACGACCAACGCAUUGCUCGCACAUCCACGCCUAGCUUCUCAUCGGCGUCUAGCAUUUCAUCACGGACGUCCUCACCUACGAAACAAUUGAGAAGACUGGCUCUUCAGGCGGACGGCUUUGUCCAUCGCAAGUUUGCGAAGAGCCGCGCUGAACUGCCCUCCUCGCUCGCCACACUCGUCAACGAGCUGCAGGGAAUCCGAUGGGGGUUUCAGCUACUGCCGCAUGACAUGCGCACCGAGUUUGCCGACUUCGAUAUACCAGAUCACGCUUAUCUCCCCGAGGGCAUUCCUGCACCACCCGGCUUCCGGUGCCCACCCCGAGAUCUCGUUGCAUGGCUACUAGACCAGGCCGAAGACUGCGAAAUCAACCUUCACGGCGAACCUAGCUGGAACACGGAGCUCCAUCUGCCAAUGAUGGAAUGGGCGCUUCGACCGAACCGCCAGCGCGGCCUUGUUGACUACACAUACUGCACUGGCGCCCAGGUGGUUAAAACAUACAGGGCGAAGCAAUCAGCGUCGAACAUGGUUGACUUUUGCAUGGUCAUCCGCCCUCCCGGAGGAAGUGCUGAGGCCAGCCGGAUUGAUGAGGUUCGGGAAAAUCGACCAGAUGUGACCAUCAAUCAUACGGACCACGGAAUUUUGUGCAAGAGCCCCAUCGUCGUAUCGUUCGAGACCAAGCGUCCCGGCGCCGACCUCGAGAAGGCGAUGGUGCAGAUGGGAUCAUGGCACUCGUCACAAUGGAGGGGUUUCCUGCAAGGCCCUACCGACCCGCGGGCAAUCCAGUUUUUGCCUGGCGUCAUUAUCAGCGGCCACAGCUGGUCUUUCGUUGCUAGCGCGAUCCAAGAUGACAAGUCCAUUCUUUACAGCGACGUCGAGCUCGGCAAGACGUCGACCGAGUUCGGGAUCAUCACUGUGCUUCUUGCCAUGCAGCACCUCGCCCGCUGGGCUGAAAACACAUACUGGCCCGUAUUCAAGUCCGAGAUCCUUCAAAUGUGUCUAGCUGCCAGUGUAGGUACCACAGUCUACUUCGAAUUUACAAUCCUUCGAGCAGCGUCGCAUCCGGCCGAACCGUGA